AUGAAGUCAAUUUAUGGAAUCCUUCUUCUCGGAUUCGUGCUUGCUGCCGCAGCGAAUUCUGUCGAGGGUGGAACUAUUGUUGAUCGUGAUGUGAACGCUGCUGCCGAUAAGGAGGAAGCAGAAUAUGGCCGACCCCAACCUGGUUGGUAUCCUCCUCCUGGUAGACCCUGGGGCCCUGGUGGAAGACCUAGCCAUUCUCAUGGAUGGUAA